AAGUUAUUCCCAAUGAUCAUAAUUAGUAUGACAUAUAUAUCCCCAUAUCAUAAAAUGAAUCUCUGAUUAAUCUUUGUUGACUUCAUAACCUUUCAAUAUUCAUCUCCACUUAAUUUUUAUGUUAACUAUUGAAGUUUGGAUUUUGCGUCUUGUUCUCAGUCUCUCACCAGUCAGCAAACCAAAACCAAAAAAAAAAAUUAAUUUUUUUUUGAAAGAAGAUUCGAUGAAAUAUAUCAAAACUUGAUAAAGGAGGACCAAGUUGUAUCACUAAUCAUGGAUAACAGGAGGGUGUUCAAUUCUUAUCGAAAUAGAAUCAACAAUUCCACUAAUCUGAAUGCCAGAUCAAGAGGAAGUAUACUUUCUAAAGUAAAGGGAUUCUUCAAUAAUGCAUCAGCAAAUUCAUCAUUGAAUGAAAUAGCAAAUACCACAACAACAACUGAACAACAAACUACUCAUAAUAAUCAUAAUCAAUUCAAAAUACCUGGUGGAUUCGAUACGUCUUUUGCCAAUGAAACUGUGAUUAAUGCUCCUCCUUCUAAUGAUAAUGAUGUCCAAUCUUCUCCAAGUAAGCUUUUAUCGGACUUUUUUAAAGAAAAGGGUGAUAAACCAUUAACUAAAAUAGAAUAUGAAGGGGUGUUAUCAUUAAUUGCUAAGACUAAGAAUACCAAACCAGAAGAUAAAACCAUAAACAAUAACGAUAGUGAUUUCACUAAUUUAUUAAAUGAUAAAAGUUUAUUAAUCCAUCCAUCUAAUACCACCCAAAAUAAUCUGAUCUUACUUGAUUCUCCCAAACAAAGAUAUUUAAAACGGAAUAAUCCAGAUGCUACAAGUAUGAUAGAUACUCCUGAAUAUACUCCUGUUUAUCAUACAUUUGCCAAUAAUAGUUUUAAUAAUAGUUUCAGUACUGCUAAUAAAACUAUGCCAUCUAUAAAGAGAGUAUAUCAAUUUUCAGGAUUACCAUCUCCAUAUAGAACAAGAAUCAGAGUUCCAUCAGCUUCAUCUUCAGGAUUAAGACCAUCCGUAAAGAGACAUAAGAAAAAGACUACAGCAAAUACUACUGAGAAGGAAGAUAUAUCACUUGCUAAUACCACAUUUCAAGAAAAGAAUUAUAAACCAUAUAAACCAAGAAGUGAAGCAGCUAAUACUUUAUUAUCGAUCUUAGAUGGGAAAUUAACUUAUACUCAGAAGGAAGAUAUCAUUGAACCUAAAAUUGAUGUCGAACCUAAGAUUGAGGAGGUGAAAGUACCUAUAAUAAAAGAAUCAAGUACUACUACAACUACUAAAAACAAUCAAAAUAAUAAUAAUAAUACUAAUGGUAUAUCUAUAACAGCUAAGGAUAUUGCCAAAACCAUCUUGUUUGAUAAAUCUGAACCAUUAGCGUUUGAAAAGACUGAUAAAAUAGAGAAGAAGGAUAAUUCUAUUCUUAAUGGUACGACUUCAUCUAAUGCAUUUAACUUUUCAUCUAAUUCAGGUAAUUUUUCAUUUAAUGCUAAACCUACAGUGGAAUCAAAUACUAAGAUAGAACCACCACAACCAAUCAUACCCCCACCAAAGAUUGAAAAUACCAAACCAAUUCCUGAAGUCAAAGUUGGAUCAUCAUUUAAUUUCCAACCACCCCCUACAGUCAAACAAACCAAUAAUAAUUUUGGAUUUGGUAUAACUAAUUCAAAUACCAAUUCAUCAAUUACUAAACCUGAUAAUAAUAAUGAUUUUGGAUCAUAUUAUAAAUUUCCUGAUGUUGAAAUUGUAAAUGUUCAAUUGGAUGGGUCUAAGGUUGAUAAGUAUAAGAACUUAUUUGAGUUUUAAAUAGCAUUUAUAGAUGUAUAUGAAAAUAUAUAAAGUGAUAGGAUAUAUUACUA